AUGUUUAAGAAAGAGAAGGAGAGAUCAGCUGUGCUGGAGCAGGAGAAGAAGGCUGCUGAAGAGAAACGGUUGGAGAUGGAGCGCACCAUGGAGGAUGAUCGCAGAAGCAAAGACGAGAAGUUGAAGCAGAUGGAAGAGAAGAUGGAGGAGAUGAAGCAACAGGAAGGGACUUCCACAGGGCCUUGGAUUGCUAAGAUGGUCCAGGAGGCGAAGGAGAAGCCACAGGAGUUGGAGCGAGCGCUAUAUAGCAAGCUGCAGGAGCAGGAUAAGCUGAUGGCUAAGGGCUUCACAGAGAAAGGCAGCCAUGAAGGAGGAGAUACAGAGCCUGAGAGAGAAGUAGGCCAAGCGCGAGGAGAAGAGCAGUCUCGUAACUUCAGAGCCAUAGCACAGGGUGUCAUGGAGAGUGUCAGCAAUGGCUUAGGUCACUACUUUAACUAUAAGAAAGCCUGUGAGCAACGCAAGGCGAUUGUGUUCAAGGAGCAGGUCAGAUUCAAUCUCAAAUCAGGUGCGGUUGGCAAUAUCCCUGAUAAGGAGRGCAUGACACUCAAGCAAGACAAGAUGGCCACGCCCAAACUCAAAACAGGAGCAGUUGGCAACUCUAAAGACACAACUCUGCCCAAAGUCAACACAGGUACAACUGGCAAAAGCCCUGGCUCAGAGGUCUAAAGGAUUCACCAGAGAUUGGUCAAUGGUCCAGAUCAGCGGCCACCCCUUUCUCCAGUCUCAUCAUUAACCAGAAGAGCCCAGUAAAACUACUAGGAAAUAGUGCAACAGAAAGACUGCUGUGCAACAAUAGUACAA